UGUGUUCUGGGCUGAAUGAGAGACUGCAGCCACGAGACUGCUCGGCGCAUUGCAGAGCCAAACACAACACAGCAAAACAGAGGAGAGAGCAGCUCUGCACUAACACCUCCAAUACCCACUGACACAUACACACACGUAUACCAUGAGAAACAACACCCGCCUGCUGUUCAGCCUCUGGAGAAGAUGAGACCAAGUGAAGGAUCCAAAAGAAAAGGCAGACUGGGAGGCUUCUCUUUGUGAACAGACGGAACGGCCCCGGCGUCAUCUGAAGGAGGAGGGGCUGCUGGCUGCUGUUGUCUUUUCCUCACCAAAUCACGUGAGACGGUCCUCGUCCGGUAACCAUGGCAACCAGCACCGGUCCAGCCUGCAUCUCACAGUGGUGAGGAGGAGGAUCCGAGAGAGAAAGGUAUAGAGGAAGAGAGGGAGCGAGGGAGCAAGAAGAGAAAGCUCUACAAACACAAACCCCGUGCCCUGCAGCUGUCACGGAUAUUCCCACAGAUGAAGAUGUCUGAAGCAGGGAGUUGAACCUGUAAAACACAGACUCUGACUAAGUGGGCCAAGGGCAGUCCCAUAAUCCCCUGCGUGGGGUGAGGGAUCAUGGGAGAUGGAGGCGUUAGUGCAGCGGGAGAGGGGAUCAAUCAGUCCCAUGUGCUGUUUGACCGCUUUGUUCAGGCCACCACCUGUAAAGGCACCCUUAAGGCCUUUCAAGAGCUGUGUGAUUUCCUGGAGCUCAAGCCCAGCGAGUACCGAGUCUUCUACCACAAACUCAAGUCCAAGCUCAACUACUGGAAGGCCAAAGCACUAUGGGCCAAACUAGACAAACGUGCAAGCCACAAGGAAUACAAGAAAGGCAGAGCCUGCGCCAACUCUAAGUGUCUGAUCAUUGGAGCAGGACCAUGUGGGUUGCGCACAGCUAUCGAGCUUUGUUUUCUGGGAGCCAAGGUGGUGCUGUUGGAGAAGAGAGACGCUUUCUCCCGCAACAAUGUCCUCCACCUUUGGCCCUUCACUAUUCAAGAUCUUCGGGGACUUGGUGCCAAGAAGUUCUACGGAAAAUUCUGUGCAGGAUCCAUAGACCAUAUCAGUAUUCGUCAGUUACAGCUCAUGCUGCUGAAAGUAGCUCUGAUUCUGGGCAUCGAGAUCCAUGUCAACGUGGAGUUCAAAGGCCUCAUCGAGCCGCCAGAAGAUCAGGAGAACGAGAGGAUAGGCUGGAGAGCUGAAGUUCAUCCCAGAACACAUCCUGUCAGUGAGCUGGAGUUUGACGUCAUUAUCGGGGCAGAUGGGAGGAGAAACACAUUAUCAGGUUUUAGAAGGAAAGAAUUCAGGGGCAAACUGGCCAUCGCCAUCACGGCCAACUUCAUCAACCGCAACACUACAGCAGAGGCUAAGGUAGAAGAAAUCAGCGGAGUGGCCUUCAUCUUCAACCAGAAGUUCUUUCAGGACCUUAGGGAAGCCACAGGGAUUGAUCUGGAAAACAUUGUCUACUAUAAGGAUGACACACACUACUUUGUAAUGACCGCCAAAAAGCAGAGUCUGCUGGACAAGGGCGUCAUUCUGCACGACUAUGUGGACACAGAGAUGCUUCUGUCCAGGGCUAACGUGGACCAAGCAGCUCUGCUGUCCUAUGCCAGAGAGGCAGCCGACUUCUCCACCAAUCACCAGCUGCCCACGCUGGACUUUGCCAUCAACCAUUAUGGGCAGCCUGAUGUGGCCAUGUUUGACUUCACCUGCAUGUACGCCUCAGAGAAUGCAGCGCUUGUCCGCCAGCGCAACGGCCACCAGUUACUGGUAGCGCUGGUGGGAGACAGCCUUCUAGAGCCAUUCUGGCCGAUGGGGACUGGCAUUGCUCGUGGCUUCCUGGCAGCCUUAGACUCUGCGUGGAUGGUGAAGAGCUGGGCUCAGGGUGCCUCUGCUCUGGAAGUUCUAGCAGAAAGAGAGAGUAUCUACCGACUGCUCCCGCAAACUACCCCUGAGAACGUUAGUAAGAACUACAGUCAGUACACUGUGGAUCCCACCACACGCUACCCCAACAUCAGCCUCCAUCUACUCAGACCCAACCAGGUACGGCAUCUCAUAGACACUGGAGAGAACAGGGAAAUUCGUAUUGACAUGGAGAAUGUGGUCAAUUCUUCGACUCCCAAAAUCACAAGAAAUGAACUUCUGCUUGAGAAACAGUUGCAAGAGUCCAUUGCACGCUCUAGCAAGCUUCUGAACUGGUGUCAGAGGCAGACGGAGGGCUACAGAGGGGUCAGUGUGUCUGACCUCACUAUGUCCUGGAAGAGUGGCCUGGCUCUCUGUGCACUCAUUCACCGCUACAGGCCGGACCUCAUUGACUUUGAAUCCCUGGAUGAGAAGGAUGUGGAGAAGAAUAACCAGUUGGCAUUUGACGUGGCUGAGAAGGAGUUUGGAAUAUCGCCCAUUAUGACAGGGAAGGAGAUGUCCGUUGUGGUGGAGCCAGACAAACUCUCCAUGGUCAUGUACCUCACCCAGUUCUAUGAGAUGUUCAAGGACACUGUGCCUCCUGGUGAAAACCACAACCUGAGUCCAGAGGAGAAAGCUGCGCUGAUAGCCAGCACAAAGUCACCCAUCUCCUUCCUCAGCAAGCUGGGCCAGAGCAUCAACAUCUCAAGGAAACGCAAUCCAAAGGAUAAGAAGGAGAAGGAGAUGGACGGAGUAGGGAAGAGGAGAAAGACAAGUCAGGCUGGCCAGUCCGAAGAUGAGGAGCUGCAGCGAGGGGUGCGUGAUGAACGACCUUCCAUAGCCACAGCCCUGACAGAGCGUAGAGUUGACACCACUGCAGCGGCUAACAAUAACAAGGUGAAGUCAAUGGCCACCCAGCUGCUGGCCAAGUUUGAGGAGAAUGCCCCAGCACAGUCCACUGGGCUCAAGAGACAGGGGGACUCCAUGCCUAAUCUGGGGCUUUUGUCACCCCCUUCCCCACCCCCCGCUGCUCUGAAAGAGCCUGUGCGCCUGGCUCCUGUGCCUGCGUGGAGAAAGGCCAGCAGGAGCGGCGAUGGCCUGCGAAGCUGCCCUAAGAAAACCAUUCUGCUCUCUUCUUCUCCUCCUUCAUCCUCUUCAUCCUCCUCUCCACCGCUCUCUCCACACACACAGAAGGGUUUUCACCAGUUUAAGGUGAAUGAGCAUAAUGAUGUGGAGGAAGGCACUACCCAGGACCAUCUCUCACUGUCUUACAGGGAAACAGGAUCGUGGCCCACAGAAGUGUCUGAGCCUGUCUAUGCUUCUAGCAUUCAGGAGAGAGCAGAAACACUAGCUACUAAAUUUACAAGGCAGCCUCACAAGCCUGACAAGCCCAAGCCUAUGAAAAAGCCCUCCCGCUUAUUUCUAGAGCAGUGGCUGCUGACCCACGGGCUGACCCCCUCCUAUCCCCCUGAUCCCCAGCAGCAGGAGAGCCAGAUAUUGUGCUCUGAUGAACAAGUGCCUUUACACAUCCCCAGCAUCCAGGAACGAGCAGAGAAGUUAGCCUCUCUAUUUAAAGACAAGCCAGCUAGGCCCAAGCCUAAGAAAAAACCCUCGCCUUUCUUUAUUGAGCAGUGGCACAGAGUGCGUGAGCUGCCCUCAGACAGCCCGCUUCCCUCUCCUGCCUCACUCCGACAGCGAUAUGUAAAGAUGUAUACAGGGGGAGUGAGCUCACUGACUGAGCAAAUAGCCAGUCAGCUUCAAACCCAGGAGGACUCCAGGCCCCCUCUUGAGAAAAGGGAUUUGGGUUCCUUGCGGAAGGAGUUUCCACAGAACAUUGGGGGAAGUGAUGUGUGUUUCUUCUGCCGAAAGCGCGUAUAUGUGAUGGAGCGCCUGAGUGCAGAGGGAAAGUUCUUCCAUCGCAGCUGCUUUAAGUGUGACUACUGCGGCACCACUCUGCGCCUCUCCUCCUACGCCUUCGAUGUGGAGGAUGGGAAGUUUUACUGUAAGCCGCACUACUGUUACCGCUUGUCCGGACAGGCCCAGAGGAAGAGGCCUGCCCCUGCCGCUGCUCCUCUCCACUUAAAGGAGCCCCAGGCCCCAGCGGUACCUCCAGUCACUGUGGAUGCCCCUGGCCGAGCGGCGGCUGCUCAGCCCCCUGUGGAGUGCCGGCCCUCAGUUCCAGAAGUGAACGGAGUGGCCGAGCCCAGCCUGGCCAAGCGUCUGAAAGGGACCCCUGAGCGAAUUGAGCUGGAGAAUUACCGACUUUCUAUGCAACGUGAGGAGGAACUUGAGGAGGUUCCUGAGGAGACACUAGCAGAACAUAACCUCAGCAGUGUGCUGGAUAAAGGGACGGAUGUAGACGAAGGCUCCAGUAGCUCAGAGUCUGACAUGGAAGAGGAGGAUGAGGAGCUGGAGCCAGCAGCACCUUCUGAUCUGGGGGGAGUUCCAUGGAAAGAAGCCGUGGAACUCCAUGCCAAACUGAAGGGUGGGAGCGAUUCUGGGGCAGGCAGGCAAGACGGAGAUCAGAGGGAAGGAGAGUUGGAAGGAGAGGAUGAGGAAGAUGAGGAAGAUGAAGAUGAGGAGGAAGAAGAAGAAGAGGAAGAGGAAGAAUCAAGUGACGACGGGGAGUAUAACCCUUGGGAGAGGGAGCUCCAGUCAGGUGUAUGGCUGGAGAACCUCAUUACUGAAGAGGAUACGGGUACUUUUAAAGCAAGGAACCUGCAGAUCCAGCAAGUCCUGCAGCCAGUGGACCCCCUUGUCCCUCUGGUGGAUAUGCAGGUGGACGGGGACAAGGAGGCCAACUCAGCCUCGGUUUCGCAGCCCUCAGUCCCAAGCCAAGCCACCCAGCCUGCGUCCAGCACAGCCCCUUCCCACACGUCUGUGCGGCACGAGGCUGUCAGGGCCUGGCUGGACUCUGUGUCUGGAGAGCCCUGUGAAGAGGAGGAUGACCCGGAUGCUGAGGCGGAGAGUCCAGACAUCGAGCCUGGCACUGAGCUGGACGAAGACGACAUCCCUUCAGAUGCAGAGGCUGAGGCUCGAUCACAUAGUGUUGAUGCAGAGCCUCUCCCGGUGCACGCUGGCAAGCCAGAGAGCAUCGAACAUGUUCCCAAAAAGGAGCAUGUCUCUGCUGGUCCAAGGGAAAUCAUUGUGGAUGUAAUUCUUUCUCCAAUACAAAAACCUACGCCAUCUGAGGAGAUCAUAGAGAAACCUUCCCCGGUGCUGAUAAAAUCUCCAGGCACACGUUUUUUCCCUGAACCCUUUCUGCCUGAUGAUGUCCAACCACACAUGCCACCUUCAUCGGCUCCAGAGGUUAAAAGCCCUAAUACCCCUGUUGCUGUGGCAUCCCCCAUUCGCUCCCAACCAGUGCCCCUACCCGAAACAAUCAGCCCAAAGUCCCCCGUCCAGCUUGAGCCAUGUGCCUGCUCACCUUCAGGCAACCCCUUGUCCCCGAUUUGUGCUCAACCACUACCAUGCCAGGAGCCUUCCUCGCCCCUGUCCAUGGACUCUCCUGUGAGGACUCAGCCAGUCCCUGCUGUAACCUCCACGCCUUUGGCCAAACCCACUUCGGUGGAGAAGAGAACGACUGAACCUCUAAAAGCACAGGACUCAAUAGAGGAGACACCGGUCAAGAAGACGGAUAUUAUUGAAGAGUUCUGGCUGAAGAGCGCUGAGAUUAGGAGGAGCUUGGGGCUCACCCCACUGGACAGGAGCAGAAGUGUAGUAGAAAAGAGCAUCGUCAAAGCCCCUACUCCUGAGCCUACAUCGUCCAAAUCCCACACCCCAGAGGAUCUCUCUGAGGAGGUGAAGCCCAUCUUCAUGGGCCGCUCGGUCAUCCGAAGGCUCAACAUCACUUUGGAGGGUCAGGUAAUCUCUCCUGUGGAACCCAAAAGCAACGACUCAGAUAGAAGGGAGCUGAGCAGCAGCUCUGGCCUUGGCUUGAACGGUAGCACCAUGACUAGCCAGACAGCAGCAAGCGACAGUUAUAACAACUCCGACUCCACCAUGCUUACGCCUCCCUCAAGCCCCCCUCCUCCUCCACCAAAUGAGGAACCAGCAACGCUUAACAAGAAGCCUCUGGUUACUUGGGACAACCUUUGUGAAACUGUUGAGGAACCUAAAGUGGAGAAAGCUCCUUCUAAAGUUAAGACUCCCACCAGCCCUCCCCAAGCUAAACCUGCAACUGCUCCAAUCCCUGCCCCCAGAACAAACCCACCUGUGGUAAUGAGGACCAAGGACCCCAAUAAACCACGGCGAGAAGAAGUCAGGAAGUCCUUUGUGGAGUGUGUGGAGGAGAUCCCGUUUGCUGACGAUGUGGAAGACAACUAUGACGAUCGCACCCCUGACACAAGUGCACAGGAUAGGUUUUACACUCCACCUACCAGCAAGGUGAACAGGGAUAAACCACCCCUGCACCUCGCUUUGGCUAUGGAAAAUGGAAAACCCAACAUUCCUGGUGUUCCAGUGUCCAGAGCAGUGAAGGGACCUCAGCACUUUUCUCCAGAAGCCAAAGAGAUUGCAGAAGAGCGGAUGAGAGAGAGGGAGAAAUCUGUGAAGAGCCAAGCUCUCAAAGAUGCCAUGGCCAAGCAGCUCAAUAAGAUGAAAGAGGCUGAGUCAUCUAAGGGUGCUGUGGCUAAAGUGGCCUGGAACGUUCCUGAGGUAGCUGUUAAAAACAAGAAACGUUCGAGUUCCCCUAAGACAUCUGCUGUGAAGGCCUUGGAGUCUAAGAAGCAAGCAGAGACACUUCCUGACCGUAUUUUCACCUCACCAUUAAACAAGAGUUUGGAGAGCUCCGUCACCUCUUCUGAAAGCUCCACAGGGGCCAAGAGUAAGAAGCGCAGCUCACUUUUCUCUCCACGCAAGAACAAGAAAGAGAAGAAGGCCAAGAAUGAAAGCAGGCUCUCCGGUACUGAAGAAACGCCUCCCAAACACAAGUCCUUAUGGAAGGCUGUGUUCUCUGGGUACAAGAAAGACAAAAAGAAAAAAGAUGACAAAUCUUGUCCCAGCACGCCGUCUAGCUCUACAACUGCAGACUCCGGAGUGAAGAAAGCAUCACCUAUGGCCAGAUCUUCAGAUUUGCGUUUGAGAAGAAACCUCAGCUUUUCUGAGGACUCUGAUCUUUCCUGUGAUGAUGUUCUAGAGAGGUCUUCUCAGAAGUCCAAGGCAGACCGACAUAUGGACUUGUUCGAUCUAGUGUCAGAUUUGAAAAAAGAUAUUAUGAAGGAGGAGAAGGAAAAAGAUAAGGAAAGGGUGAGGCAUAGAGAGAGGGGGAAGGGGAGGAGCAAGGAAAAAUCAAAGGUGAGAAGGAACAAAAGAAGAAUGAAUGAAAUGGAAAGAAUUAACUUGAUGGAGAAAAUGAUGGACAUGGAACACGAUAAAGGAGAGGAGGAGUCUGUUUAUGUUCCUCACGCAUUGGCGUUCAAGAGAUCAUAUGCCACAAAGAAGACGUACACCGAAGAAGAGUUAAAUGCCAAGCUGACACGGAGGGUCCAGAAGGCAGCCCGUCGACAGGCCAAGCAGGAGGAGCUGAAGAGACUCCACAGGGCUCAAAUCAUUCAGAGACAGCUGGAGCAGGUGGAGGAGAAACAGAGGCAGCUGGAAGAGAGAGGAGUGGCUGUGGAGAAAGCACUGCGAGGGGAAGCAGACUAUUGGGGAGAGUCUAAUUACAGUGAGAUCCUGGACUUGCAUCUGGGCGUUGAGCCCUAUGUCGGGACCCCUCGCUGGAGACCCCUGUCCUUCUGCCCAUGCUGUACCCCAGAAGGAAUGGGUAAAAAGGACGAUCCGAAGCUGAUGCAAGAAUGGUUUAAACUGGUCCAGGAGAAGAAUGCCUUGGUGCGCUAUGAGUCAGAGCUUAUGAUAUUUGCUCGUGAGCUGGAGCUGGAGGACAGGCAGAGUCGACUGCAGCAGGAACUCAGAGAACGCAUGGCAGUCGAUGAUCAUCUGAAGACAGAGGCAGAGCUGGCAGAGGAGAAGCAGAUUCUGAAUGAAAUGUUAGAGGUGGUGGAGCAGAGGGACUCUCUGGUGGCUCUCCUGGAGGAGCAGAGACUCAGGGAAAAGGAGGAAGACAAAGACCUGGAGGCAGUCAUGCUCUCUAAGGGUUUCAGCCUCAACUGGGCUUAGCAGUAGCCAGCCCACCCCGCAUCCUCUUCAGAGCAUCCUCUUUGGAGUCACCGCAGGGAAUGUAAAGACUUAGUCAAACCUGCCUGUCUCUCUUGCGCCGGUUCAUUUGGCAAGUGGGUAACGUUAACACAUCUUCUCAUGAGCAAGUCGACAAUGUUUACGUGUCCUCCUGGCUUGGCUCAGAGCUGGCCACUCUACCUGUCACUCGCUCCGCUCAACUGGGAAUACAGCCAAGGCCUUGUCUCUCUGCAAGAUAUUUUACCAUACUUGUUGGAAGAGAAAAUUCACUUUGAAGAUUGUAUUUGUUUUUAAGGUUUUUUUCGAAGCUGUUUUUGGUUUUGAGGAAAAGGGAAUCAACGGGGAUGAUGUGGACGUUUUAGAGACUUUUCAGACCGAACACAAAGUAGUCAAUGCAGCUUAUUUCAGAAGGUCCCAUUCAGCACCUGUUACAUAAGAGUAUUUUGGAAGAGCAGAGAGGUACUUGGACUUCAUUUCCCGACCUGCCUUUUGACUACUGACUGAAAGUAGCAACACCCUACAGUAGAGCUGCCUUUGCUUCUAAUCAAAACUCCACAGUUCAAUGUGGAGAAGUGAUCAACAAGGCAAUAUAAGCAUCUUAUGACAAUUACAUUAUUCUGCAGCAAUUCAGCUACAGUGAUCGAUUAGAAUGGUCGAAACUGUUAAAUAAUGUAUUUAUUAUACUUGUUUUACAGAAAAAGCAUGCAGUGGAUUUCUUUGUGUUCAAAUAAUGCAGAGAAUGUCCAGGUACAUAUCUACAAUGAAUGGGGAAAAGUUCUGUUUGAUUUUUCCAUCAGCCACCUCAUAUCAGGACAAGAUGCUGUUGUCUCAGAGCAAAGUCACAUAUCCUCUGUUGUAUAUAGUACAUGGCCUUUAGCUCAUAUUAAAGGUGUUGACACACUCUUAGUGGAGCAUCUCAGUUGCAGCUUGUAGUGCUGUCCCUUUGGUCUCAAGUGAUCUUACUUUUUCUUAUUUAACGGUUUACAAUCACUAAUCAGACAUGACUUUCUUGUAGUUACACUACAGUUUACAGGAAUAGUGCAAUAUCAUGCAGAUAUUCUUAAUUAAUACAGUGUAGGAAGGAAGAACAAAUAUUAAUGUAAAGAGAAUAUUCAGUAAGACUGCUGAUAUUUGUGAAUCAACAUUUUCUAAUUAUUUCUAGCAUCCACAACAUGUGACAUAUCAGUGGAUCACAAACCUCUGUUACAUCAUUUGCAUCAUUUGUUUCUGACAAGUAAGAGGAUGAAAUAUUAAGUAAAUCUGCUGCCCAUUCUCAUACUAAUAUCAGCAACCAGGGACAGAGAUGAUAAACGCCUGAGGACCGCUUGCACUGGCUUUGGAAUAAUAUGCCUUUUUCACAUGUUACAAGCCAUUUUCAGAUCUACAAGGUUUUACUCACCUCCAUGGCUUAUUUUUUAUUUAUUUGUUUUUAUAAAAAAUACAUUUGUAUUAAAUACAAGUGUUCAAACAUCACUAACAUACAGCAGACGCUCUUGUUAGUUGUGCUAGUCACAGAACAGCAAAUAUUCAUGUACUUCGCAAAUCAACUUGUAUGCCUUUUGUCAAACUGUACAUUUCAGCUUUGGCACCAUUUGAGCUGUAUAGGUGGACACAUUUCUGUAAGUAAACAUGACUGUGAAUGAAAAGUUACACAAGUUCAAGGCUAGUUGUUUAAACUGUGUAAAUUGUUUUACAGAGUUUAAGUUUAUUGGUAUUUAUUAACACGUGUUGGGAAAAAACAUGUAUUAUAUGUAAAGAAAAUGGAAUCUAAUUUUUAAACUUGUAUGUUGUCAACUCUUGUAAAUGCUUCCUGUAGCUAAUGUGCAUAUAGGAUGUUGGAUGUAAGUUGAAAUGGUAAUAAAAAAGAGCUUUUGUUCCUCA